GUCAUGCGGAAGAUGGCGGCGUCCAGGAGAAGCUGAGUGCUCCGGGCAGGCGGUGAGAGGUUUCCGUACAGCCGGAGCGUGCGGCUUGGGGAAAUCCCUUGCCUCGGGUUUCCACGUGGCGCGUCCACCCGAGGCCCUCGGGCGACAUGUGGAGGUUCUGCCUCCGGCUAAGGGGUCGGGAGCGCUGCCUGCUGAACCGGCCUCCUCGUGACUCCACUAUCUCAGUGAGGCCGGGGCCAGCCCCCCAGGCCCCGGCCCGGGCGUACGUUCCCCCGACAGAAAGGAAGAGGUUUUAUCAGAAUGUCAGCAUCUCACAGGGUGAAGGUGGCUUUGAGAUAAACCUGGAUCACAGGAAGCUGAAAACUCCCCAAGCCAAGCUUUUUACUGUUCCCAGCGAGGCCCUGGCCAUUGCAGUGGCCACAGAAUGGGACUCCCAGCAGGAUACCAUCAAGUUCUACACGAUGCACCUGACAACAUUAUGCAACACAUCCCUGGACAACCCAACCCAACGAAACAAGGAUCAACUGAUCCGGGCAACUGUGAAGUUUCUGGACACUGACACCAUCUGCUACAGGGUGGAAGAGCCAGAGACAUUAGUGGAACUUCAAAAGAACGAAUGGGACCCAGUCAUAGAAUGGGCUGAGAAAAGAUAUGGGGUGGAGAUCGGCUCCUCUACCAGCAUAAUGGGCCCUAGCAUCCCCACCAAGACAAAAGAUGUGCUCACCAGCCACCUGGCCUCUUACAACAUGUGGGCCCUGCAAGGGAUUGAGUUUGUAGUGACUCAGCUCAAGUCCAUGGUGCUGACCUUGGGACUGGUUGACCUUCAUCUGACCGUGGAGCAAGCCGUGCUGCUGUCACGCUUGGAGGAGGAAUAUCAGAUCCAGAAAUGGGGCAACAUUGAGUGGGCCCACGACUACGAACUGCAGGAGCUGCGGGCCCGUACUGCUGCAGGCACCCUCUUCAUCCGCCUGUGCUUGGAAAACACCACAGUCAAGCACAAACUCCUGCAGGACUAAAGCCUGGACGGUGCCACUGGCUGCACAGACUGCACAGCCAUUGCUUCCCCAUCUGUGGGCUCCCUCGACCUGCGAGGCUCCCGCAGCCUGUACCUCUGGGGCUCCUGCAGCCUGUUCCUGUGGGUCCCCCUGGCCUUUGUGACUUAACUUCGUCCAGCAUCACCGCAUCCAGCACCCUGAGGUGCCCUGGAGACGCAGUACAGUUGUUGAGGUCAGCCUGAUUCCACCCUGGGCCUCUGGCCUGGCCAUCAGUGAGGGAGGGGAAGGAGUAGCAUAAGGGACUUCAGGGACUUUAUCUCAACUGUGCUUUUAUUAAAUAUUUCUUUACGUUGGA